AUGCAUUCCUCCCACCCAUCCCCAUGCAUCCCUCCCACCCAUCCCCAUGCAUCCCUCCCACCCAUCCCCAUGCAUCCCUCCCACCCAUCCCCAUGCAUCCCUCCCACCCAUCCCCAUGCAUUCCUCCCACCCAUCCCCAUGCAUCCCUCCCACCCAUCCCCGUGCAUUCCUCCCACCCAUCCCCGUGCAUCCCUCCCACCCAUCCCCAUGCAUCCCUCCCACCCAUCCCCAUGCAUCCCUCCCACCCAUCCCCAUGCAUUCCUCCCACCCAUCCCCAUGCAUUCCUCCCACCCAUCCCCGUGCAUUCCUCUCACCCAUCCCCGUGCAUUCCUCCCACCCAUCCCCGUGCAUCCCUCCCACCCAUCCCCAUGCAUCCCUCCCACCCAUCCCCAUGCAUCCCUCCCACCCAUCCCCAUGCAUUCCUCCCACCCAUCCCCAUGCAUCCCUCCCACCCAUCCCCAUGCAUCGCUCCCACCCAUCCCCAUGCAUCCCUCGCACCCAUCCCCAUGCAUCCCUCCCACCCAUCCCCAUGCAUCCCUCCCACCCAUCCCCAUGCAUCCCUCCCACCCAUCCCAUGCAUCUCUCCCACCCAUCCCCAUGCAUUCCUCCCACCCAUCCCCAUGCAUCCCUCCCACCCAUCCCCAUGCAUUCCUCCCACCCAUCCCCAUGCAUCCCUCCCACCCAUCCCCAUGCAUCCCUCCCACCCAUUGUUGUUCCUCUAAUCUGAUCACUUGUUCAAUUUGCUACUUUCACACCCAUCCCCAUGCAUCCCUCCCACCCAUCCCCAUGCAUCCCUCCCACCCAUCCCCAUGCAUCCCUCCCACCCAUCCCCAUGCAUCCCUCCCACCCAUCCCCAUGCAUCCCUCCCACCCAUCCCCAUGCAUCCCUCCCACCCAUCCCCAUGCAUCCCUCCCACCCAUCCCCAUGCAUCCCUCCCACCAUCCCCAUGCAUCCCUCCCACCCAUCCCCAUGCAUCCCUCCCACCCAUCCCCAUGCAUUCCUCCCACCCAUCCCCAUGCAUCCCUCCCACCCAUCCCCGUGCAUUCCUCCCACCCAUCCCCAUGCAUCCCUCCCACCCAUCCCCGUGCAUCCCUCCCACCCAUCCCCAUGCAUCCCUCCCACCCAUCCCCAUGCAUUCCUCCCACCCAUCCCCAUGCAUUCCUCCCACCCAUCCCCAUGCAUCCCUCCCACCCAUCCCCAUGCAUCCCUCCCACCCAUCCCCGUGCAUCCCUCCCACCCAUCCCCAUGCAUCCCUCCCACCCUUCCCCAUGCAUCCCUCCCACCCAUCCCCAUGCAUCCCUCCCACCCAUCCCCAUGCAUCUCUCCCACCCAUCCCCAUGCAUCCCUCCCACCCAUCCCCAUGCAUCCCUCCCACCCAUCCCCAUGCAUCCCUCCCACCCAUCCCCAUGCAUCCCUCCCACCCAUCCCCAUGCAUCCCUCCCACCCAUCCCCAUGCAUCCCUCCCACCCAUCCCCAUGCAUCCCUCCCACCCAUCCCCAUGCAUCCCUCCCACCCAUCCCCAUGCAUCGCUCCCACCCAUCCCCAUGCAUCCCUCCCACCCAUCCCCAUGCAUCCCUCCCACCCAUCCCCAUGCAUCCCUCCCACCCAUCCCCAUGCAUCCCUCCCACCCAUCCCCAUGCAUCCCUCCCACCCAUCCCCAUGCAUCCCUCCCACCCAUCCCCAUGCAUUCCUCCCACCCAUCCCCAUGCAUCCCUCCCACCCAUCCCCGUGCAUCCCUCCCACCCAUCCCCAUGCAUCCCUCCCACCCAUCCCCAUGCAUCCCUCCCACCCAUCCCCAUGCAUUCCUCCCACCCAUCCCCAUGCAUUCCUCCCACCCAUCCCCAUGCAUCCCUCCCACCCAUCCCCAUGCAUCCCUCCCACCCAUCCCCAUGCAUCCCUCCCACCCAUCCCCAUGCAUCCCUCCCACCCUUCCCCAUGCAUCCCUCCCACCCAUCCCCAUGCAUCCCUCCCACCCAUCCCCAUGCAUCUCUCCCACCCAUCCCCAUGCAUCCCUCCCACCCAUCCCCAUGCAUCCCUCCCACCCAUCCCAUGCAUCCCUCCCACCCAUCCCCAUGCAUCCCUCCAACCCAUCCCCAUGCAUCCCUCCCACCCAUCCCCAUGCAUCCCUCCCACCCAUCCCCAUGCAUCCCUCCCACCCAUCCCCAUGCAUCCCUCCCACCCAUCCCCAUGCAUUCCUCCCACCCAUCCCCAUGCAUCCCUCUACCCAUCCCCAUGCAUCUCUCCCACCCAUCCCCAUGCAUCCCUCCCACCCAUCCCCAUGCAUCCCUCCCACCCAUCCCCAUGCAUCCCUCCCACCCAUCCCCAUGCAUCCCUCCCACCCAUCCCCAUGCAUCCCUCCCACCCAUCCCCAUGCAUUCCUCCCACCCAUCCCAUGCAUUCCCUCCCACCCAUCCCCAUGCAUCCUCCCACACUCCCACCCAUACCCCAUGCAUCCCUCCCACCCAUCCCCAUGCAUCCCUCCCACCCAUCCCCAUGCAUCCCUCCCACCCAUCCCAUGCAUCCCUCCCACCAUCCCCAUGGCAAGUUCCCUCCCACCCAUCCCCAUGCAUUCCCUCCCACCCAUCCCAUGCAUCCCUCCCACCCAUCCCCAUGCAUCCUCCCACCCAUCCCAUGCAUCCCUCCCACCCAUCCCCAUGCAUCCCUCCCACCCUAUCCCCAUGCAUCCCUCCCACCCAUCCCCAUGCAUCCCUCCAACCCAUCCCAUGCAUCUCUCCCACCCAUGCCCCAUGCAUCCCUCCCACCCAUCCCCAUGCAUCCCUCCCACCCAUCCCCAUGCAUCCUCCCACCCAUCCCCAUGCAUCCCUCCCACCCAUCCCAUGCAUCCCUCCCACCCAUCCCCAUCCCUCCCACCCAUCCCAUGCAUCCCUCCCACCCAUCCCCAUGCAUCCCUCCCACCCAUCCCCAUGCAUCCCUCCCACCCAUCCCCAUGCAUUCCUCCCACCCAUCCCCAUGCAUCCCUCCACCCAUCCCCAUGCAUCCUCCCACCCAUCCCCAUGCAUCCCUCCCACCCAUCCCCAUGCAUCCCUCCCACCCAUCCCCAUGCAUCCCUCCACCCAUCCCCAUGCAUCCCUCCCACCCAUCCCCAUGCAUUCCCUCCCACCCAUCCCCAUGCAGUCACUCCCACCCAUCCCCAUGCAUUCCCUCCCACCCACCCCAUGCAUCCUCCACCAUACCCAUGCAUCCCUCCCACCCAUCCCCAUGCAUCCCUCCCACCCAUCCCCAUGCAUCCCUCCCACCCAUCCCCAUGCAUCCCUCCCACCCAUCCCCAUGCAUUCCUCCCACCCAUCCCCAUGCAUCCCUCCCACCCAUCCCCAUGCAUCCCUCCCACCCAUCCCCAUGCAUCCCUCCCACCAUCCCCAUGCAUCCCUCCCACCCAUCCCCAUGCAUCCCCUCCCACCCAUCCCCAUGCAUCCCUCCCACCCAUCCCCAUGCAUCCCUCCCACCCAUUCCCCAUGCAUCCCUCCCACCCAUCCCCAUGCAUUCCUCCCACCCAUCCCCAUGCAUUCCCUCCCACCCAUCCCCAUGCAUCCCUCCCACCCAUCCCCAUGCAUUCCCUCCCACCCAUCCCCAUGCAUCCCUCCCACCCAUCCCCAUGCAUCCCUCCCACCCAUCCCCAUGCAUCCCUCCCACCCAUCCCCAUGCAUCCCUCCCACCCAUCCCCAUGCAUCCCUCCCACCCAUCCCCAUGCAUUCCUCCCACCCAUCCCCAUGCAUCCCUCCCACCCAUCCCCAUGCAUCCCUCCCACCCAUACCCCAUGCAUCCCUCCCACCCAUCCCAUGCAUUCCCUACCCACCCAUCCCCAUGCAUCCCUCCCACCCAUCCCCAUGCAUCCCUCCCACCCAUCCCCAUGCAUCCCUCCCACCCAUCCCCAUGCAUUCCCUCCCACCCAUCCCCAUGCAUCCCUCCCACCCAUCCCCAUGCAUCCCUCCCACCCAUCCCCAUGCAUCCCUCCCACCCAUCCCCAUGCAUCCCUCCCACCCAUCCCAUGCAUCCUCCCACCCAUCCCAUGCAUCCCUCCCACCCAUCCCCAUGCAUCCCUCCCACCAGCAUCCCCAUGCUCCCUCCCACCCAUCCCCUGCAUCCCUCCACCCAUCCCCAUGCAUUCCUCCCACCCAUCCCCAUGCAUCCCUCCCACCCAUCCCCAUGCAUCCCUCCCACCCAUCCCCAUGCAUCCCUCCCACCCAUCCCCAUGCAUCCCUCCCACCCAUCCCAUGCAUUCCUCCCACCCAUACCCCUGCAUUCCCUCCCCCCCAUCCCCAUGCAUCCCUCCCACCCAUCCCCAUGCAUUCCUCCCACCCAUCCCCAUGCAUCCCUCCCACCCAUCCCCAUGCAUCCUCCACCCAUCCCCAUGCAUCCCUCCCACCCAUCCCCAUGCAUCCUCCCACCCAUCCCCAUGCAUUCCUCCACCCAUCCCUCAUGCAUCCCUCCCACCCAUCCCCAUGCAUCCCUCCCACCCAUCCCGCAUGCAUCCUCCCACCAUCCCCAUGCAAUCCUCACUCACCCAUCCCAUGCAUCCCUCCACCCAUCCCCAUGCAUCCCUCCCACCCAUCCCCAUGCAUCCUCCCACCCAUCCCCAUGCAUCCUCCCACCCAUCCCCAUGCAUCCCUCCCACCCAUCCCCAUGCAUCCUCCCACCCAUCCCCAUGCUCCCUCCCACCCAUCCCCAUGCAUCCCUCCCACCCAUCCCCAUGCAUCCCUCCCACCCAUCCCCCAUGCAUUCCCUCCCACCCAUCCCCAUGCAUCCCUCCCACCCAUCCCCAUGCAUCCCUCCCACCCAUCCCCAUGCAUCCCUCCCACCCAUCCCCAUGCAUCCCUCCCACCCAUCCCCAUGCAUUCCCUCCCACCCAUCCCCAUGCAUCCCUCCCCACCCAUCCCCAUGCAUCCCUCCCACCCAUCCCCAUGCAUCCCUCCCACCCAUCCCCAUGCAUCCCUCCCACCCAUCCCCAUGCAUCCCUCCCACCCAUCCCCAUGCAUCCCUCCCACCCAUCCCCAUGCAUCCCUCCCACCCAUCCCCAUGCAUCCCUCCCACCCAUCCCCAUGCAUCCCUCCCACCCAUCCCCAUGCAUCCCUCCCACCCAUCCCCAUGCAUUCCCUCCCACCCAUCCCCAUGCAUCCCUCCCACCCAUCCCCAUGCAUCCCUCCCACCCAUCCCACCCAUCCCCAUGCAUCCCUCCCACCCAUUCCCCAUGCAUCCCUCCCACCCAUCCCCAUGCAUCCCUCCCACCCAUCCCCAUGCAUCCCUCCCACCCAUCCCCAUGCAUCCCUCCCACCCAUCCCCAUGCAUCCCUCCCACCCAUCCCCAUGCAUCCCUCCCACCCAUCCCAUGCAUCCCUCCCACCCAUUCCCCAUGCAUCCCUCCCACCCAUCCCCAUGCAUCCCUCCCACCCAUCCCCAUGCAUCCCUCCCACCCAUCCCCAUGCAUCCUCCCACCCAUCCCCAUGCAUCCUCCCACCAUCCCCAUGCAUCCCUCCCACCCAUCCCCAUGCAUCCCUCCCACCCAUCCCAUGCAUCCCUCCCACCCAUCCCCAUGCAUCCCUCCCACCCAUCCCCAUGCAUCCCUCCCACCCAUCCCCAUGCAUCCCUCCCACCCAUCCCCAUGCAUCCCUCCCACCCAUCCCCAUGCAUCCUCCCACCCAUCCCCAUGCAUCCUCCCACCCAUCCCCAUGCAUCCCUCCCACCCAUCCCCAUGCAUCCCUCCCACCCAUCCCCAUGCAUCCCUCCCACCCAUCCCCAUGCAUCCCUCCCACCCAUCCCCAUGCAUCCUCCCACCCCAUGCAUCCCUCCCACCCAUCCCCAUGCAUCCCUCCCACCCAUCCCCAUGCAUUCCUCCCACCCAUCCCAUGCAUCCCUCCCACCCAUCCCCAUGCAUCCCUCCCACCCAUCCCCAUGCAUCUCUCCCACCCAUCCCCAUGCAUCCCUCCCACCCAUCCCCAUGCAUCCCUCCCACCCAUCCCCAUGCAUCCCUCCCACCCAUCCCCAUGCAUCCCUCCCACCCAUCCCCAUGCAUCCCUCCCACCCAUCCCCAUGCAUCCUCCCACCCAUCCCCAUGCAUCCCUCCCACCCAUGCCCCAUGCAUUCCCUCCCACCCAUCCCCAUGCAUCCCUCCCACCCAUCCCCAUGCAUCCCUCCCACCCAUCCCCAUGCAUCCCUCCCACCCAUCCCCAUGCAUUCCUCCCACCCAUCCCCAUGCAUCCCUCCCACCCAUCCCCAUGCAUCCCUCCCACCCAUCCCCAUGCAUCCCUCCCACCCAUCCCCAUGCAUCCCUCCCACCCAUCCCCAUGCAUCCCUCCCACCCAUCCCCAUGCAUCCCUCCCACCCAUCCCCAUGCAUCCCUCCCACCCAUCCCCAUGCAUCCCUCCCACCCAUCCCCAUGCAUCCCUCCCACCCAUCCCCAUGCAUCCCUCCCACCCAUCCCCAUGCAUCCCUCCCACCCAUCCCCAUGCAUCCCUCCCACCCAUCCCCAUGCAUCGCUCCCACCCAUCCCCAUGCAUCCCUCCCACCCAUCCCCAUGCAUCCCUCCCACCCAUCCCCAUGCAUCCCUCCCACCCAUCCCCAUGCAUCCCUCCCACCCAUCCCCAUGCAUCCCUCCCACCCAUCCCCAUGCAUCCCUCCCACCCAUCCCCAUGCAUUCCUCCCACCCAUCCCCAUGCAUCCCUCCCACCCAUCCCCGUGCAUCCCUCCCACCCAUCCCCAUGCAUCCCUCCCACCCAUCCCCAUGCAUCCCUCCCACCCAUCCCCAUGCAUUCCUCCCACCCAUCCCCAUGCAUUCCUCCCACCCAUCCCCAUGCAUCCCUCCCACCCAUCCCCAUGCAUCCCUCCCACCCAUCCCCAUGCAUCCCUCCCACCCAUCCCCAUGCAUCCCUCCCACCCUUCCCCAUGCAUCCCUCCCACCCAUCCCCAUGCAUCCCUCCCACCCAUCCCCAUGCAUCUCUCCCACCCAUCCCCAUGCAUCCCUCCCACCCAUCCCCAUGCAUCCCUCCCACCCAUCCCCAUGCAUCCCUCCCACCCAUCCCCAUGCAUCCCUCCCACCCAUCCCCAUGCAUCCCUCCCACCCAUCCCCAUGCAUCCCUCCCACCCAUCCCCAUGCAUCCCUCCCACCCAUCCCCAUGCAUUCCUCCCACCCAUCCCCAUGCAUCCCUCUACCCAUCCCCAUGCAUCUCUCCCACCCAUCCCCAUGCAUCCCUCCCACCCAUCCCCAUGCAUCCCUCCCACCCAUCCCCAUGCAUCCCUCCCACCCAUCCCCAUGCAUCCCUCCCACCCAUCCCCAUGCAUCCCUCCCACCCAUCCCCAUGCAUUCCUCCCACCCAUCCCCAUGCAUUCCUCCCACCCAUCCCCAUGCAUCCCUCCCACCCAUCCCCAUGCAUCCCUCCCACCCAUCCCCAUGCAUUCCUCCCACCCAUCCCCAUGCAUCCCUCCCACCCAUCCCCAUGCAUCCCUCCCACCCAUCCCCAUGCAUCUCUCCCACCCAUCCCCAUGCAUCCCUCCCACCCAUCCCCAUGCAUCCCUCCCACCCAUCCCCAUGCAUCCCUCCCACCCAUCCCCAUGCAUCCCUCCCACCCAUCCCCAUGCAUCCCUCCCACCCAUCCCCAUGCAUCCCUCCCACCCAUCCCCAUGCAUCCCUCCCACCCAUGCCCAUGCAUUCCUCCCACCCAUCCCCAUGCAUCCCUCCCACCCAUCCCCAUGCAUCCCUCCCACCCAUCCCCAUGCAUCCCUCCCACCCAUCCCCAUGCAUUCCUCCCACCCAUCCCCAUGCAUCCCUCCCACCCAUCCCCAUGCAUCCCUCCCACCCAUCCCCAUGCAUCCCUCCCACCCAUCCCCAUGCAUCCCUCCCACCCAUUCCCAUGCAUCCCUCCCACCCAUCCCCAUGCAUCCCUCCCACCCAUCCCCAUGCAUCCCUCCCACCCAUCCCCAUGCAUCCCUCCCACCCAUCCCCAUGCAUUCCUCCCACCCAUCCCCAUGCAUUCCUCCCACCCAUCCCCAUGCAUCCCUCCCACCCAUCCCCAUGCAUCCCUCCCACCCAUCCCCAUGCAUCCCUCCCACCCAUCCCCAUGCAUCCCUCCCACCCAUCCCCAUGCAUUCCUCCCACCCAUCCCCAUGCAUCCCUCCCACCCAUCCCCAUGCAUCCCUCCCACCCAUCCCCAUGCAUUCCUCCCACCCAUCCCCAUGCAUCCCUCCCACCCAUCCCCAUGCAUUCCUCCCACCCAUCCCCAUGCAUUCCUCCCACCCAUCCCCAUGCAUUCCUCCCACCCAUCCCCAUGCAUUCCUCCCACCCAUCCCCAUGCAUUCCUCCCACCCAUCCCCAUGCAUUCCUCCCACCCAUCCCCAUGCAUUCCUCCCACCCAUCCGUUCUUCCUCCCCGUUCGGGCUCCCACCCCUCCCCUCGACACAGGUGAGUGGGUGUGCCAGCUACAGUGGACCAUGUACAGCAUGGAGUGCCGCUCUGCACGUGCGCAUGCCUCCAUAUAUCUCCAUGCGUUCUUCUUUGUGUGCAUACAUCCCAUCCCUUCCCUCUAAGCAGGUGAAGCAUGGGGUGGGGGUGCCAGCCAUAGUGGAUCAUGUGCUCACAGCAUGGAGUGCUGCCACAGGGCAGCCCAGGAGGUGA